AUGUCCGAACCGCGCAGUCCUGAGCCCGAGCUCAAGCCCGCCGCUGAAGUGGACGAACAGCAGCAACAACAGGAAGCGCCCCCGACGCCCGGCGGCGACGCCGUUUCCGACGAAGAGCCCGCCAAGGAGGUAGAGGCGGAGGCAGAGCCAGAAGCCGAAGAACAACAACAAGAACAAGAAGAACAAGGAGAAGAAGAGGCCGCGCAAGAUAAUGGUGGCGAUAAUGAUGACGAUGACGACGAAGACAAGAUCUCCGACGACGAAUCGAUUCUUUCGGAAGUCGACGAAGCCCAGUUCGAGGACUUCGAUCCCGAGAAUGUUGACAUCGAGGACCGGCCGCAGCUGGCGAUCGACGAGGAUAACUUGAAGCUUAUUGGACGGCAUAAGCGGAAGCGUACGGAGGGUGGGGAUGAAGAGCGCUCUAAGAGAAAGAGAGAGGGACGUCGCGAGAAGAAGAGUCGGAGGAUGAGGGAGCUGGAGGAUGGGGGUGCGAGUGAUGAGGAGAAGGCUAGUCGGAGGAGGAAGAAGAAGGAGGCCGAGAUUGCGGAUGAGGAGUUGUUGGAUCCGGCUACGAGACGGCGGAGAGCGCUUGAUCGCGCAAUGGACGAGGCGUUGAAGAAGCCGACCAAGAGACGGUUUAGGAAAGCUGAUGGCAUUGACCUGGAACAAAUGGCCGAUGCUGAAAUCGAAGAUAUGCGCAAGCGCAUGACCCACGCUGCGCAGAUGGACGCCAUCAACCGUCGUGAGGGCAAGCCUGCCAUGCAUAAGCUGAAGAUGCUCCCUGAGGUAGUCUCGCUGCUCAACCGCAACCAAUACGUGAACAGUCUGGUCGACCCGGAAAUCAACCUGCUGGAAGCGGUUAAGUUCUUCCUGGAGCCCUUGGACGAUGGUUCCCUGCCGGCGUACAACAUUCAGCGGGAUCUGAUGACUGCGCUGGGCAAGCUGCCGAUCAACAAGGAGGCUCUGGUUGCCAGUGGCAUCGGCAAGGUGAUUGUGUUCUACACGCGGAGCAAGCGUCCGGAGCCGGGCAUCAAGCGCAUGGCGGAGCGUCUGCUGGCUGAAUGGACGCGCCCGAUCCUCCAGCGCAGCGACGAUUACUCGAAGAGGGUAUACCAGGAGGCUGCUUUUGACCCUACUAAACUGAGCGCGACACGCACUCAAUCGGUACAGGCCACUGCUGCAGAGGCUCGUGCCCGUGAGCUACUGCCUCCUCGCCUGGCGAAUCGCGCGCGCGCUGACAUGACUCACACGAGCUAUACGGUGGUGCCGCGACCGACGAUGGUACAGGAGAGCAAGUUUGCGCGACCUCUGGGAGCGAGCGGCGAGGAUCGUUUCCGCAAGAUGCGGGCGCGGCAGAUUGCGGCGAGCAAGGGAUCCCGUCGAUGA